AGGAUUUCUGCUCAAACAGUCGACUCGGUCGUCGACUCGAGUGAUCUUUGACUCGCGACACCUCGUGCACCUUUGGCAGAUGACGUACAAGGAGCUUCUUGAAGAAGUGAAGCAACGUCGAUUGGCACAGCUUUUCGAGUAUGAGAUUUGCACUCCGAAGAUCGCAAAAGAUUUUCUUGACAAGCUGUCCAAGCUGGAAGGUGAAGAUGCUUCCUCGGAUGAAGCCAAGGAAGUCCUGAAGUUCAAAGAUCAGCUCAAGACGGCAUCUGAAGGAGAAGGAGGAGAUUGGACAGAACCUGUUGACGGUGGUUGCAUGGAAAUUUUUGAGCAACUCCAAAGCUGGGAAGAAAGCGUCAAGGAGGGAACUCUUGAAGCCAGAGAGAUUGAGGGCAUGGUGGAGUAUGUCGAAAAGAAGUGGGUUCCCGAUCCAAAGAUGAGCAAGAUAGCGGCUGCCGUGCUUGAGAAGGCCAAACCAAUGGUCCAAGCUGCAAAGAAAGCUGAGAGAGACAAGGAGCAAUCUCGGGUCGUCAGUGAGAUGAAGUUCACGACAGGUCUUGCUGAGGGAGUCAUAGCAACCUAUGGAAUGCUGGGCUUCACUGUUCCACACUUCAUCAUCUCAGGGACUGUCCCGCCUAUGGAGCAGCUUGAGUCAAAGCUGACCUACUUCAAGGAAGGUUUGGCCAUUGACCCUGAGUCCGAGCUUGGGAAGCAGCUUUCUGCGGGCAUUGAGAAGGUUGAAGGUCUCAUACCUCAAAUGCAGUUGAUUUGCAAGGAGAACCCACGUCAGGAUAUGAAAGAGAGUGCAGACUACAAGCAGACCAUUGCUCUGAAGGCCACGCUCAUGGCAGGCUCUGCAUGUGCAAUCAAAGGCAACCUAGAGGAGCUGGGCAAGAUGAUUGAGAAAGCUGAGGCAGCCCUAAAGGAAGAUGGAGAAGCCACACUUUUCGAAGGUGAAGCGAAGCAAAAGAUUCUCACCAAAGCUCAAUAUGACAAGGGCCUUGAGGUGCUCAAGGCUAAGUUGAAAGAGCUGACGGAGAAGAAGGAUGCCGAAGCUGCCGAUGCCAAGACCGAGAAGACCGAGAAGACCGAGAAGAGCAAGGAGACAAAGGAUGAAGCUGCAUGAGUUGCCGCCAUGCUAUGCCUAGCUACACCUCACAGCUUUUUGUCAUCUCCACUUGGUCACUGGGUGUUUCGGCAAAGCUGGACACUGAGGGACUGAGGGGCCACAUUGUGGACAAUACGAUUUUCCCCCUUCGCUCCCAUAGGGAAGCGCACCUCUGGAUGUAGCAUCAUAGCAGCAUCAUUGUGCAGACACCAUCAAAAA